AGCCUUCCCUGGAGCUUUAAAUGGGACCCCAGCGGCCGAGCUCUGGUCUCUGGGCUGGGCGACUGCCACCCUCCCCUGGUGGCGGUGCACAGGGACGCUGGCUCGGCCAGAAAGGCAACAGCUGGACUCGGGAGCUGGGAGAGAGACAGAUGGAUCCCCAUACCAACAGGAUGAGUGCCCCGCCACCCAGCCCUCUCAUUGUGGACUACCUAGACGACUUUGGCUUGCUGAAGUUUGAGAUGAAGGAGGAGGCCGGCAGGUUCGGGGGCGGCUCCUCGCUGAGCUCCACACCCUGCAGCUCUGUGCCACCCUCGCCCACGUUCAACAAGGCGGGCAGCCCCGCGUCCACCCUGGAAGAGCUGUACUGGAUGGCCACUCUCCACCAGACACUGGCAGCAGCAGCGGCGGGGGGCAGCCCUGAGGGCCAGUUGGCGCAAGGUCUGGAUGAGGCCGUGGAGGUCCUCUUGGGGGCCCCAGUGAUGGACGGGGGGCUCCGCGGCGGAGCAACCCCCCAAGUGCAGGGGCUCUUAGGAACAGCCGAGGGGCCUGGUGGAGAUCAGCAACAGCUGAGCACUCUUUGCGACCACUUCUCUGACGCCCAGCUGGUCUCCAUGUCGGUGCGAGAUCUGAAUCGCCAGCUCCGCAGCUUUGGCAAGGAUGAGGUGCAGCGCCUGAAGCAGAAGCGGCGCACCCUGAAGAACCGCGGGUAUGCCCAGUCCUGCCGCUUUAAGCGGGUCCAGCAGCGCCACGUCCUAGAGGCCGAGAAGUCCCAGCUGGCCUGGCAGCUCAAGUCCUUGCGCACCGAGAUGGCCCAAGUGGCUCACGAGAGGGACAUCUACAAGGCCCGCUGUCAGAAGCUGCUGGGGGACACGGCCAUCACUGCCAGCAGUGGCGGGGGGCAUUGUGGGGAGGGGGCAGAGCCUCCGACACUUAAGCCUACCUCACUGGGAUGUUUUUUCCUAUGAGCAACCAACAGCAGUCCCUUCCUGGUGCAGCGGACUACGGGAGGUGAAUAGGUGAUGGACUUGGCGAGUCACUUUCCCCACCACACCACCCCCAACCUGGCCACUUGGGGGCGCUGUGGACCAAGAACUGUUCCCCCCCCCUUUCGCUCCACCAGAGGGCAAUAGGAACAGAGGCUUUUUAUAGGGCAUUCCCCUUUUCCAACACCAGGUGGUGCAAAAGAGCGUAGGGCGUCAGGGCACGGAGGACGAGUGAAUCUACCCUGUCAGCAUCUCUCAGGUUUUACAACUGUCAUGGCUUCCUCCCUCUCAAAGAAUCCUGGGAAUUGCACUUUGGUGAGGGGGCUGAGCAUCCUCUUAGAAGCCCCACUAGCUCACCUCGUGGAACUACAAUUCCCAAGGUUCCCAGUGACUCUUAAGCCCCAUUGAGUCUGUUGUGUAACUAUGCCAAAACCUCUUACUCUUCUUGGGAAGGGCCCUUUCCUUGUCGUUCUUCCAUCUACCACCAGGCAAAGGACAAAUAAAAGAGAGAGCGUGUGUGAGAGAGCUGA